GUUUUCAGACCAAUAACUAGGGAGCUUCACAGCAAUGUCCUCCUUCCUUCUAAAGCGACAAUAAUCCCACAGUCAAGAUCAUACCCAACCCCCAUAACCUCAUCAUGGCAGCCUCUCAAAAGCUUUAUGCUGCUCUUCUCUUCCACUCUCUCUGUCUCUCCAUGCUUCCUUUGAAGGCAACAUCAUCUGCAAGAACACAAGCUGAAGCUCUCAUGCAGUGGAAAAACACCUUAGCCUCUUCACCUCCUUCUCUCCGUUCAUGGUCCCCUUCCAACCUCAACAACCUCUGCAACUGGACUGCCAUUUCCUGCAACUCCACCUCUCAAACAGUUUCUCAAAUAAACCUCCCCAGCCUAGAAAUAAAUGGAACACUUGCCCACUUCAACUUCACCCCUUUUAUUGAUCUCACUAGGUUUGACAUCCAGAAUAACACUCUGAGUGGGGCGAUCCCAUCAGCCAUUGGCGGCCUCUCCAAGCUCAAUUACUUGGACCUCAGCGUCAAUUUUUUCGAGGGCAGCAUACCCGUGGAGAUUUCAGAGUUGACAGAGCUUCAGUAUCUUAGUCUUUUCAACAACAAUCUCAACGGUACCAUCCCUUUUCAACUUUCCUAUAUUCUGAAGUUAAGGCACUUAGACCUUGGAGCAAACUACUUGGAAACCCCUGACUGGUCUAAAUUUUCCAUGCCUUCAUUGGAAUAUCUUAGCCUUUUUCUCAAUGAGCUUGCUUCGGAAUUCCCUGAUUUCAUAACCAAUUGCCGGAACUUGAUGUUUCUGGAUUUGUCACUCAAUAACUUCACUGGCCAGAUAUCAGAGUUGGCGUACACCAAUCUGGGAAAGCUGGAGACCUUGAAUCUCUAUAACAAUUCAUUCCAAGGACCAUUGUCACCCAAAAUCUCGAUGCUUUCAAAUCUCAAAAGCCUUAGUCUACAAACUAAUCUAUUGGGUGGUCAAAUUCCUGAAAGCAUUGGUUCGAUAACUGGUCUUCGAACUGCUGAACUGUUCAGUAAUUCUUUUCAGGGGACUAUUCCAUCUUCUCUAGGCAAACUUAAGCAUCUGGAAAAACUUGAUCUUAGAAUGAAUGCCUUAAACUCAACCAUUCCUCCGGAGCUUGGUCUUUGUACUAACCUCACCUACUUGGCCCUGGCUGAUAAUCGGCUGAGUGGGGAAUUGCCUUCUUCUUUGUCUAAUCUUUCUAAAAUAGCUGACUUGGGUUUAUCUGAGAAUUUCUUCUCCGGUGAGAUCUCACCUGCCCUUAUAUCCAACUGGACCGAGUUGACCUCGUUUCAAGUUCAGAACAAUAAUUUUUCUGGAAAUAUUCCUCCAGAAAUCGGGCACUUGACAAUGCUCCAGUAUCUUUUUUUGUAUAAUAACUCAUUCUCUGGUUCCAUUCCCCACGAGAUAGGAAACUUGGAAGAGUUAAUUAGUCUAGACCUUUCAGGAAACCAGCUUUCGGGCCCCAUUCCUCCAACCUUGUGGAAUCUUACAAAUCUUGAAACCUUGAAUCUUUUUUUCAAUAACAUCAACGGUACAAUUCCACCAGAAGUUGGAAAUAUGACAUCACUGCAAAUUCUUGAUCUCAACACCAACCAACUCCAUGGGGAGUUGCCAGAGACCAUUUCAAAUCUUACUUCUUUAACUUCUAUCAAUCUGUUUGGCAAUAACUUUUCUGGUAGCAUUCCGAGUAAUUUUGGGAAGAACAUUCCUUCGCUGUUGUAUGCUAGCUUUUCAAACAAUAGUUUCUCUGGAGAACUGCCGCCCGAAUUAUGUAGUGGUCUGAGACUUCAACAACUAACUGUCAACAGCAACAACUUUACUGGGGCAUUGCCUACCUGCUUGAGGAAUUGUUUAGGACUAACUCGAGUUCGGCUUGAGGAUAACCAAUUCACUGGAAACAUCACUCAUGCAUUUGGUGUUCUUCCAAAUCUUGUUUUUGUUGCUCUUAAUGACAAUCAAUUUAUUGGUGAAAUCUCACCAGAUUGGGGAGAAUGUGAAAACCUCACCAAUUUACAGAUGGGAAGAAACAGAAUUUCUGGUGAAAUCCCCGCCGAGCUAGGGAAGCUGCCCCGGCUGGGACUUCUAAGUCUGGACUCCAAUGACCUGACUGGGAGGAUUCCUGGUGAGUUGGGAAAUCUAAGGAUGUUAUUCAUGCUCAAUUUGAGCAACAAUCAUUUGAAAGGGGAGAUACCUCAGGGUCUAGGCAACUUGACAAGGCUUGAAUCUCUUGACUUAUCUGAUAACAAGCUGACUGGAAACAUAUCGAAAGAGCUUGGGGGUUAUGAGAAGCUAUCAAGCUUGAACUUGAGCCACAACAAUCUUUCUGGUGAAAUACCUUUUGAGCUGGGCAACUUAAACUUGCGGUACUUGUUGGAUCUCAGCAGCAAUUCACUCUCAGGAGCCAUACCUUUAAAUUUGGGAAAGCUUUCAAUGUUGGAGAAUCUCAAUGUCUCACAUAACCAUCUCUCAGGAAGAAUCCCAGAUUCAUUGUCCACCAUGAUUAGCCUGCAUUCUUUUGAUUUCUCAUACAAUGAGUUGACAGGUCCUAUACCAACUGGAAGCCUUUUCCAAAAUGCAUCUGCAAGAUUUUUUAUUGGAAAUUCAGGGUUGUGCGGUAAUGUAGAAGGAUUAUCACAAUGUCCAACAACAGACAAUGGCAAGUCCUCAAAGCAUAACAAAAAGGUUCUUAUUGGUGUCAUCGUUCCAGUUUGUUGCUUAUUAGUAGUAGCAACUAUUGUCGCUGUUCUGCUAUGUUGCCGAAAAACCAAACUGCUUGAUGAAGAGAUCAAACGCAUCAAUAAUGGUGAGAGUUCUGAGUCAAUGGUAUGGGAAAGAGACAGCAAGUUAACAUUUGGGGAUAUUGUCAAUGCCACUGAAGACUUCAAUGAGAAGUACUGCAUUGGAAGAGGAGGAUUUGGCAGUGUUUACAAAGCAGUAUUGUCUACAGGUCAAGUGAUUGCAGUCAAGAAACUCAACAUGUCAGACUCCAGUGAUAUCCCAGCACUCAAUCGCCAGAGUUUUGAGAAUGAGAUUAAACUGCUGACAGAAGUUAGGCACCGUAACAUCAUAAAGCUUUUUGGAUUUUGCUCCAGGAGGGGCUGCUUGUACCUGGUUUACGAGUAUGUUGAAAGAGGAAGCGUGGGAAAAGUGUUGUAUGGAAUAGAAGGGGAAGUGGAGCUUGGUUGGGGCAGAAGAGUGAAUAUAGUGCGAGGAGUAGCUCAUGCAGUUGCCUACUUGCACCAUGACUGUUCUCCACCCAUUGUACACCGGGACAUAUCAUCGAACAACAUUUUGCUGGAGAUAGAUUUUGAGCCCCGUCUUUCAGAUUUUGGCACAGCAAGACUCUUGAAUACAGACUCCUCCAACUGGACUGCAGUUGUUGGGUCCUAUGGCUACAUGGCUCCAGAGCUGGCACAAACAAUGCGGCUCACAGACAAAUGUGAUGUGUACAGUUUUGGGGUGGUGGCUUUGGAGGUUAUGAUGGGAAAGCACCCGGGAGAGCUCUUAUCAUCAAUAAAACCAUCAUUGUCAAACGAUCCAGAGUUGUUUCUUAAGGAUGUGCUAGACCCUCGGCUUGAAGCUCCCACUGGCCAAGCAGCAGAGGAAGUUGUUUUCAUAGUUACAGUGGCCUUAGCAUGCACACGAAAGAACCCAGAAGCACGACCUACCAUGCGUUUCGUGGCACAAGAAUUAUCAGCACGAACUCAAGCUUACCUGGCCGAGCCACUGGACUCAAUAACAAUCAGCAAGUUAAUAAGCCUACAAAAAUAGAGCUUGUAGAUUUGGCUGGUUUUGAUUUUGGUUUGACAAAACUCCUGGCCAAUCAAAUUCGUACCAGGCUUUACUUCCGUGAGGAUAUAUAUAGACUAUAAUGCUCAGUUCUAUAUUUUCAUUG